AUGACGCAUCAGAACAUAAAACCACGAGACAUUCUUGCUGCCAUUAAAGAAGAGAACCCCCAUAAUGUCUCAACAAGAAACGCCAUAUACAACGCUCGGGCCAAAUUGGGUCGAAUGGAACAAGUCGGCGAGACUCCAAUGCAGAUACUUUUCGACCGGUUGGAGAAGGUUGGGCAAAGCUUUAAAACAAAAGAAAGCUGGGAAAGGUUUCUUUACAAGUGGCGCAAGCUAAUUAACUCAAAGACCGAUCUUGACUAUAACUACUGGUACGAGCGAAUACGAUCAAAGUUGCCAAGCAAAAAAACUGACGAGAUUAUGGACUAUUUGGAUUCAAUCUGGUUACAACCAUAUAGAGACCGGUUUGUUUCAUUCUGGAGCGACCAACAUCUGAACUUCGGUCAACAUACAACGAACAGGGCAGAGGGUCAACAUGCCCUUUUGAAGCAGUACCUAGGCGACUCUAAUUACACCCUGGAUAAAGUGGUACCACUUAUUGAUAAGCUCAUAAGAAACCAGGUGACAGAAAUCAAAGGCAGCAUUGAAACAAGCAUGAGCCGAACAUUGGAUCCACAUAACAAACCAAUAUUUAAUCUCCUACGAAAGAAGGUUUCACAUGCCUGCCUAGACUUGAUAUCCGCCGAAGUAAAUGAAAUAGAAAACUUAAAGUUAUCUAACGGUACAUGCGCGUGCCGUUUGUAUACAAGCUACGGGUUACCGAGCGCGUGUCGGUUGGAACCAUAUACAACGAAUGGUCAAAUGAUCCCGUUGGAGUUGAUAGACCCUUUUUGGAGAAAGUUAAAUUUGGACUCCAUACUGAAACUGAGCGAGGUGGACUGUUUCGACUUAGACGACGAACUUGCGUUUCUCAAACAACAUUUAAUUGCCCAGCCGAGAGAAGUCAAGAAAAACUUGCUUCAAAAGAUGAAGGAGUUGGUACAACUCAAGAAGACGAAGCUCCAACAACCAGUUAUGCAAAAAAACACACGGGGUCGUCCAACUUUAAAAGCUCAGCAACAAAGGAAGGAUGAUUCGUUUAUGGAGCCUUCAAGACACAACUUUUUUACAACGCAGGACGAGUAUAGUGAUUCACCCGUUGGGUUUGGCACACAAGAGACAAUCAUCGAACCUACCAGGCACAGCUCGUUUGUCGAGUCACGAAGUUAUUGUGCUGAAACACCUAUGUUAUUCGGCGAGAUUGCGAAAGGCGCUAAGAAUUCGAAAAUGCAAAAGAAGGUCGCAAAAUCAAAGGAAGAGCAACCACACUUACCUUUGCUGCCUGUCGCACAAGUUAAUAUGUUCAUGCACUUCAAAAAGUUCAUUCCACCUUGCUUCUAUCCACACCCCAGUCACAUACAAAAUGUGCAGGGUGAUGAUAAUUGUGGGUUUCGAUCUAUAGCGGUCGCCUUAUCGCUUAAAGAGUGGGACUGGCCGUUAAUACGGGAGGAGCUUCAUGCUGGGUGCAACCGGUUCCACGAAUUAUGGAAAACGAUAAAUGAACCUGAGUAUCAAAAUGUUAUGGAGUCAUUAGUUUAG